CACGAGACAAGCACUUGUUGUUCAACUCACACCAUCCGCAAGACGAAUCGGUCAAACAGUGAAGACAAUUGCUGUACUGACUGCAAGUUCCGUUCUGAUACGGUUCAAGCGCUGUCAUCCCAAAAGUACUGCGGAAGUCUGAGGAACCCGGUAAGCCGGGCAAUCAUCUCUCCACCUAGGCCAGACUCUGUUUUAGCGCCUUGCAUAGAUGGAACAUUGAAAUCAAUAGUCGUAGCAUUGACAAUGGUAACUGAAUCCGGUUGGGUGAAGUUUACAGGAGUGCCUUUUGGUCCCCACCAGCCUGGAAUCUGGGACAAAGUGUCAUCACGCAGACCACACACGCCAUAAUUAUCGUCUUUGUGAUGACAACGGGCAUUUUGAACACACCAAGUACACGUUCCAAGGUUUAACUUGUUUGAAAUAGAAAUUUUUCCCCGAGAAUUGGUUCCCCAGUUGCCGGUUCCGCUGCUGGGCUGUCCGUGAAUCAAACAAGAGUGACAAUCACCCAAAGCAGG